AUGAACACCUACUACGCGCUAACUACCUCAAAGAGGACUGGAGAGACGAAACAAGCAAACUACGGAUGGCGGUGGACAUAUGGGCCGGCGAACAAUACGUGUAUGAGUAUGCUAGUGGCAAGAUUCUCAGUAGAGGCGCGCGGGACGGGGUUGCAGCGGCCCGCGGUGUUCCGACAGAUACGAAGAGUCGCAGCCGACCUAUGUCAAUUGGCUAUGCGGUCAGUAUCUACGCCAAGCUUUGCAGUACGAUACCACGACCCUGCAUGUACGUAG